AUGUAUAUAGAGCUCGCGUUUGCAUUGGCAGAGUCGCCAAUUGUCGGUGCAGCAACCGGAGACGUUCGAAUCUACAACACAGGGACCUGGGUCAGCUUCCUGUCAUCGCUCCGCUACUGGUUUGCGUUUAAUCUCGAGCGGGGCGCACAAUCGUAUCAUAACGUUGUUAAUUGCGUGUCAGGACCAUUGGGGAUAUAUCGCAUGUCAAUCAUUGCAGAGGUGAUGGACAGUUGGGUACAACAAUCAUUUUUGGGUGUUUUAUGUACAUAUGGCGAUGAUCGCCAUCUCACCAAUUUGGUGCUUCGAGAGGGAUUCAAGGUCAAGUUUACACAUUAUGCGAUCUGCUACACCGAUACGCCGAUUCGAUUCAUUGCCUGGGUCACACAGCAGACGCGAUGGUCUAAAUCAUUCUUUCGUGAAAUUCCGAUCCAACUUGCAAGCAUGCAUCUCCAUAGCCCCUGGAUGACCUAUGCGCUUCUAUAUCAGCUGAUUUACCCCAUGAUGAUGAUCUUUAGUUUGGUGAACUGUAUUUAUUUCGGUACCGGAUCCCAGAUCGCCUGGUGGUUGGUCUCGAUUGUAUUUGUGGGGAUCCUGAAGACAGCGUACGCGACGCGUAUCACUCGGGACAAGAAAUUCAUCUUUACAACCAUGUAUGGAUUCUUAUAUAUGCUUGGUUAUAUCCCUGCAAAGAUUUUUGCCGCUCUGACGCUCUACGAUAACUCUUGGGGUACCAGGUAA